UUGGAUCUAUGCACUCUUGGCCUCGUCAUUACUGUGUAUUUUAAAUUGACGACGCCAAGGGUAACAAACUGUAUAAGGGUACACAUUUUAACGGACCGAGAACCAGCAAUGUUCUGUUAUAACGUCAAGUAAAUUAUCAUUAAAGGGAUGUCGAAGUGCUAACGAAGGUAGCAAAUAGUAUUUUACGUUUCAAUUUUUUUAUUUCUAGAGUUUUGAAAUCGUUUAAAUUUUAGUAAGUCUUCGUGUUUGUCAUAAUUCUUGUGUGGUAAUUGAGGGAAGUUCGGAAAAUUAAUCUGAAAGUCAGAAAACCAUGUGAAUCGGAAAUAGUAGCGUAUUAUAACCUCUGAAUAAGUGAGAAUCUGUUGUAUAUUUUGUGUUUUCGACAAUGUUUCGAACUUCCUUUGGCCAACACACGCGCAAAAUUGCAAAAACUAUCACGUUACAAAGUUUGAAACGAUUUCAUUUUUCUGGAGAAAAUUGUACUGUAAAAUACAAUUCGCCUAUUUCCUCGGCGCUGGCAUGUUCGCUUGAAGAAUUUUUAUGAUUACGACAAUCCCUGAAGUUAGACCCUGCUUUGUUUACGAUGCUGAGUUCUCCGAGUGUUCAAGCUUCCGCGGUAGAUUCCAGCAGUAUUUCGUCCAUGGUCAAUAUCUCGAUUGCCAGCAGUGGAAAAUUGAUUACAAAAACUGCCAACUGUGGACAAGCAUACAGGACGAAACAGCAUUUGAAUCACUCAUAGAAAGCGAAGAAAAGCGUAGAACAGACAGACUGAGGCCACAUUACGCUAAUACUACAUGGAAGAAGCGAAAUGCACCCCCUGAAGACUGGAACAAACCCUUACCUGAAUGGUUCAAUAAGAUCAAUGAGAAUUCAUACCUUGGGAUAAAGGCAGAUGAGUUGAAGAGUGGGGCCGAACCAGUUCUCGAAAAAAAAGACUCAUGCUCGAUAUCUUAGAAGGAUUUGUAACAAGUCGUAGUGUAAAUAAAUUCAAUCCCAUUAUCUGAGGCAAAAAAAUA